AAAUACAAAUAUUUUUUUAAAACAAAAAGUGAUCUAAAAUCUUAUAGAUUGGUGACAGCAUUUUUUUUUGAGUGUUUUUUUUUUACAAGUUGCGCCUUGGCCGUGUGUGUUUCUCAGUUUUGUUGUUCGAGUGUUUUUUUGUGUGUUUAUUAUGUGCCAGCAACUGUCAGUUCAACUUAGCUGAACGUAUCCCUUUCUGUUAGUCGAGCCAUGUUGCGACUGCUGCUGCUCCUUUUGGCCUGCGGACUGCCAGGAUGCUGCUGGGCGCUAAGUGGCGCUGCUGCCGCUGUUGCAAAUCCCACCUGCAGCCUGAAGGACAAUUGCAAUUUGGGCGACAAUCUGCUGGCAGUUGCCGGUGGCGACAGCGAUCCCGUUGAAUCGCAUAUUGCAUCCAUAUUUGAGGACAAAGUUAACUAUAGCUUGAAAUUGUUUGCGGAUGAUGCAACAGCAUCAACAGCCAUAACAACAACAACCACAACGACAACAACGGUUUUGGAUGUGCUGCACGAUGCACUCGCUGCGGGCAAUCUCAGUGAGCUGCACCACCAUCACCAUCUCACCACGAGCAACUUUACGGUGCGUCAAUUUAGCGACAAGCAGCACGGAGAAGAAGAUGAGGAUCAAACGCAGGAUGAGGAGCAAGUUUAUUUAUACAACAUUGGUAAACGCUUUCUUGCCAUCUCGCAGCCCUUCGAUGCGGCACGGAAUCCGGACGCAUCGCCGUUGUGCCGCUCGCAGAUGCGUCGCUAUUUUAAAGCAUUGGACAAUUUCGAUUUAUGGGCCUUGAAAAUGCACGAUGCGAACGGUAAACUGAACUCUGGCAUUCUAAAUGGCAACAUUAAUCAGCCGGGCGACUUUGAUCAGUGCUUGGGUAUACAGCAGUCGACUGAUGACGUCAGCAGCAGCGGUAGUGACGAUGGCAAUGGCAAUGGUCAGGCCAAUUCAAUGCUGCGCGGCCAAUAUUGUUUGGCAUACGCACAGCCAGUGCUGCCACACAAAUCGAAACGGUUGCAGGCCUUCUUCAAGCUACUGCAGUCGCACGGACCCUUCAGGAGCGAAUUCAACGAUCCGGGUCAUCGCGUACCGCGCUACUCGCUGAUCAACUGGGGCAUCUGUGUGCCAUCCGGUUGCACGCAUCGCGACGUGGAGUUUAGUGUGGCAGAGUAUCUGCGCAACCAGACGUCCGCGACGGGCAUUAGCUUCAAUGUGCGCGUCGAGCCGCAGAUGUGCCAGGUGAGGGAUCAGCAGCCCUGGGAUCGGAAUACCACGUGGGCGGUGCGCUUCUUUGUCCUCGUCGUCUGCCUGGCAGUGCUUUCCACCGUCUACGAUCGAAGCACUAAGGCACAGCCAAAGCAGAACAAUUGGUGCACAGCCUUCUCGCUGGACAAGAAUCUGCGCUGGCUGUUCAGCACGCGCAGCUCAUCGGGUGAUAUUGAGGCUGUGCAUGGCAUACGAUUCCUAAAUGCCAUGAUGCUCAUCUUCUCGCACAAAUCGAUGGCCAUGUUCUUCAAUCCGUACAACAAUCGAACGGCCAUGUCCGAGAGUUUGGGGCAACCGUGGACGGUCAUAGGACGUGCGGCAUCCCUCUACACGGACCCCUUUCUCCUGUUCAGCGGCAUGCUGACAUCCUACUCUCUGUUUGGUCGCCUCAUGAAACAGCAGCCCAUUCGCCUCAAGAACGAGUACAUCAGUCGCCUAAUGCGCAUUGUCCCGCCAUUGGCCGCCCUGAUCCUGUUCUGCACGUAUGUCCUGCCUCUGUGGGGUAGUGGUCCGCAGUGGAAUCUGGUGGUGGGUCAUCAUGCGGAUAUCUGCAAGCAACACUGGUGGCGCAAUCUUCUGUUCAUCCACAACUAUUUUGGGUUCAGCGAGAUGUGCUUGACGCACACCCAUCACUUGGGCAUCGAUACGGAACUGUUCGCGGUAGCGCCGCUCUUCAUCCUUGCCCUCUGGCGCUGGCCACGCCGCGGCCUCUUCGCUCUCCUUCUGCUCUGCACAGUGGGCACAGCAGCACGCUACUAUACAACUAUUGUGAAUCAGCUAUCGAACUAUAUAUACUUUGGCACCAACAUUCAGCGACUGUUUCGCACUGCCGACUACAUGUACUCUUUCCCGCCACAUCGCUCCACGGUCUACAUCAUGGGUAUUCUGUUGGGCUAUGUGCUGCGCAAGUACCAGGGGAUCAAGCUGACCCGGCUCCAGUUGCGUCUCGGUUGGCUGGCGGCGACAGUUUGUGUCCUCGCCUCCUUGCUGGGUCCUGCUCCGAUGGGUCACAUUAACUAUGUAUACAAUUCAACGCAUGCGGCCAUUUAUGCCGCAUUUGCUCCGAUCGCCUGGUGCCUGUUCUUCUCCUGGAUUGUGUUUGUCUCCCACAAUGGCUACAAGAAUAAAUUGACGAGGCUGUUUGCCUGGCGCGGCUUUCAAGUGUCCACGAAACUAUCGUAUGCCAUUUACCUCACACAGUUUCCCGUAUUUUUCUAUAAUGUCGGCAGAAGACGUCAUAUCCAUCACUAUUACAACUUUAUCUCGGUUAUUCUCGAUACCAACGAAUUUAUAUCGAUAUUUUUGGCAUCAGUGGCGUUAACGGUGCUCUUCGAUGCACCGUUCCAGAACCUUAAGAAGCUGCUAAUCAACUCUAGCCCCCCUGCCAAGGCCAAAUCGCUGCCAGCAGCAACGAUGACAACGACGACAACGCCAAGCACACAGCCAAGUGAUACUGCCUCACAUCAACAGCAUCCGCAUCCGACCUCGGAUUCGCUUGAACAUCCGCAUCUGCAUCCGCAUCCGCACGCCGAUUAGCCCCGAUGCUUUCUUUUGUGUUUGUAUCUUGUAAAUUUGUCUUAGCAUUUAGUGGCAAUGUAUUUAAUUUGAUUACGUCUACGCCUAUAACCCGUCCCUUUCCCAUGCGCAUUUCCGCUUCCCACAAUCCGCCCUUAGUUAUAGUGAAACGCUUUAUACAUUGUAAAUUGUACUGUUAGUCAUUCUGUAAAGAAAAAUGCGAUUUUUUUUGUAGUCAUUAAUUAACCAACUACUGCUUGCUUGUCGUUGUUGUUUUAUUGUACGGCAUCAUAUCUUUUAACAUCUUGCUUGCUAAAAAAAAACAUAAAAAAUCCGUUUCUGGAGCUUGUUCCCAGCUCUUGUGUUAUAUAUAUAAUUAAAAUAUAAUAUAUUUAAUUUUAAGUGACGUC